AUGAGCUCUAACCUGACGCCUAUAAUCAUAUCCGACAACGAGUCUGAAGGCGAAAUAGACGGCGAAGUGCCUGAUUCGUCUGAUGACGGCACCCUGUCUGACGGCGAGAGCGACGAGGGCGACGGAAAUCGACUCACCUUCCCGCCAGUGGGCCCUGCGAUCGGUGACGAAGAUGUUGAGACUGACGAGGAAAUGGGAGACAUGGCUUCGAGCGCCUCCGCCCCUGUCACGGGUGAAGAUAGCGCCCCAGAAGCUCUCCCCGACGACUAUGCUCUUGAUGGCGCUCAAUUGCGUGUACCCGAGAUCGAGCGCCUCGCGUAUACGAUGGACCAUACGAGCUUCUCUCCCCCGUUCUCCGUAUCCGUCAAUAUGCCCGAACCGUUUUCGCGGGCUGGUUUGCAGAAUUCUGAACAUUUCGAUCAUUGGCUGAAUCACCUUCGAGGCCGGGACGUUCCUGAGCCGCCGUACGCUGAUCAACUCUCUGGUCUUGACGCUGCCGUUUAUCUCGCGCUCUCAGUAAACGUGAGACGGGAGGCAGAGAACUUGGCGCUCCUGCGAGAACUCUUGGCUACGAAUGAGAGCGAGUUAAUUGAACUGUCUCGGAUCGACUUUCUGGUCGCACGGGUGGCAACGAACCCGACCAUGACAGCCUUAGCCCGUGCGCAAGGAGUCGAGAUGACGUUGCCUGAGUGGCGACGUCGGCAAGCGACCGUGCCUCAGCCGCCAGUGACUAUUCGCGUCGGCGACUACAAUUAUACUCGCUCGCCGAGGACAGGUGACGAUGAUUGGUCCCGCACAUCGUUGCCCGACUCACACACACGGACCGGCCGUCCCAUCCGGCGAGAGCUAUUCGUCGACCCCUCUGGUGGUCCUGUACGCUUCGACCAUCCCACAGAUGUUAAGGGGGAGGGGUUCUUAGAGAGGCCAUCUGGUAAGGGUAAAGGGCCUGCAAGAGAUACCCGUCCUCAGGAGUUCGGUGAACACGGUCAAGCUGCACCGACCGCUGGUACACCUGCGACGUCCGUGACUUCAACACGCAGACGUCGCGGUCGCUCAACUUCCAUCGACGAAGUACCUCCAGCGAAGAAGCUUCGAGAGUGA